CCUCCUCCUCCUCCUCCUCGUCCUCUCACUUCUUUUCCUCCUUCUACUUCUCCUCCUCUUCCUUCCGUCUUCUCUUUUUCUUCUUCUCCUUCCUCCUCCUCCCCCUGCUCCUCCACCCCCCGCCCCAUUGAUGUGUUAUCACUGGGGGGGCUGGAGCAGUAAAAAAAGAAGAAGGAAAAAAAGAACGGGGCUCGGCUGGGAGAGGGUGAGCGUGCGGCUGCCGGGCGGCGGCGGCGAUGGAAGAACUCACGGCGUUCGUCUCCAAGUCUUUUGACCAGAAAGUGAAGGAGAAGAAGGAGGCCAUCACGUACCGGGAGGUGCUGGAGAGCGGACCGCUGCGCGGGGCCAAGGAGGCGCCGGGCGCGGAACCGGGCCGCGAGGAGCGCAGCAGCCCUGCAGUCCGGGCGGCCGGCGGAGGCGGUGGCGGCGGAGGCGGAGGCGGAGGAGGCGGAGGAGGCGGAGGAGGAGGAGGAGGAGGAGGAGGAGCAGGCGGCGGAGCAGGAGGAGGGCGCUCUCCUGUCCCGGAGCUGGACAUGGGGGCCGCCGAGAGAAGCAGGGAGCCGGGCAGCCCGCGGCUCACCGAGGUGUCCCCGGAGCUGAAGGACCGCAAAGAGGAUGCGAAAGGGAUGGAGGACGAAGGCCAGACUAAAAUUAAGCAGAGGCGAAGUCGGACCAAUUUCACCCUUGAACAACUCAAUGAGCUGGAGAGGCUUUUUGACGAGACCCACUACCCUGACGCUUUCAUGCGCGAGGAGCUGAGCCAGCGGCUGGGCCUGUCCGAGGCCCGAGUGCAGGUUUGGUUUCAAAAUCGAAGAGCUAAAUGUAGAAAACAAGAAAACCAACUCCAUAAAGGCGUCCUCAUAGGGGCUGCCAGCCAGUUUGAAGCUUGUAGAGUCGCACCUUAUGUCAACGUAGGUGCUUUAAGGAUGCCAUUUCAGCAGGAUAGUCAUUGCAACGUGACGCCCUUGUCCUUUCAGGUUCAGGCGCAGCUGCAGCUGGACAGCGCCGUGGCGCACGCGCACCACCACCUGCACCCGCACCUGGCCGCGCACGCGCCCUACAUGAUGUUCCCGGCACCGCCCUUCGGACUGCCGCUGGCCACGCUGGCCGCAGACUCGGCCUCGGCUGCCUCGGUGGUCGCGGCCGCCGCCGCCGCCAAGACCACCAGCAAGAACUCCAGCAUCGCCGAUCUCAGACUGAAAGCCAAAAAGCACGCGGCCGCCCUGGGCCUGUGA